UUGAUUUUUCAACAUCUCGCUUCUCACAAGUGAUCAUUUUCAUGGAGUUAUAUAAACCCCUCUUAACAAACCUCUAUUUGUCACUCCAAAACCCCCAAAUUGCCAGAUUCUCAUCAUCCCCUUCUUCUCAAAAACCCAGAAAAACCCACCAAUUUCACAACAAUUCCCCAAAUUCAAAACCAUAAUUUAUCAAACAUGGGCAAAACCAAAAGCAACCAUAGCAAUCUUAAAAAUGCAAUCAUAGCAUUCUUAGCCCCUCUUCCUUCCAUCUUCUUCUACAUAUAUUUCCUUAACCAUUACUCUGAUUCUGAGCAUUCUCUCUCCUCCCUUUGGUCAUGGUGCUACCACAACCCUUUCCUUCUUGCCAAUCUUUUCUUCUUCUUCAACAUCAAUGUCAUGUUCUGGGCUAUUGGUCAUCUCCAAUCCAGCCACUGGAUGAUUGAUCCAUAUUGGACAGUGAUUCCAUUGCUGUUAGCUUACUACUAUGCAACUCACCCAAUAGCAACUUAUAAUAUGUGGAGGUCUAGAAUUGUUAUAAUGUUGACAUUUCUUUGGAGUUUAAGGCUUUCUCAUAACUAUUUUCGCCGCGAAAAUUGGCAAUGGGGUGCUAGGGAGGACUGGCGUUUCACUGAUAUGCGCCAACAGUAUGGCAAAAAUUGGUGGUGGGUCUCCUUUUUUGCCAUCUAUUUUGCUCAGCAGAUUUUUUUGAUGGGAUUAACCUUGCCCUACUACACCAUACACACUGUUGAAGCACCAUGGAGCAUUUGGGAUAUUGUAGCCAUUGCUGUGUGCUUUGCUGGUAUAGUUGUUGCUUACUAUGCUGACACUCAGCUCCACGAGUUUUCCACCAAGAAUGCGGAGUUGAAGGCUUCUGGGAAGCCGUUCUUACCCACUUUGGAGGAUGGCUUGUGGAAGUACUCGCGGCAUCCAAACUACUUUGGGGAGCAGCUGUGGUGGUGGGGACUUGGUAUCUUUGCAUGGAGCCUUGGACAAGGGUGGAUAUUCGUAGGAGCCUUUGUUAAUACCUUGUGCUUAGCUUAUGUGACUGUUCUGGUUGAGGAGAGAAUGCUUAAGCAACCCUUCAGAGCUGAAGCAUACCGACAAUACCAAAAGACUACCUCAGUUUGGAUCCCAUGGUUCAAGUCAUCAUCCCUUGAAGAGACAAAAGAUAAGACCAAUUAGUAUCCUUGUUGGAGUCCCUCGAAGUUUCACUUUGUAAUUGUGUGUUCCUAUCCCUCUUUGGCUCUUUCUGAGUUAUAUAAUGAUUCAUGAAUGUUGCUUAUUUGAUAAAAAAGGGUUCCUUAGCUUGUGUGUUUUUUAAGGUUUUUUCCUUAGAUUUUUGCUCCUGUCUUAUCAGUCUAAUGUAUGCAAUUGUAUAGAUCAAUUGAGUUUUCUUCUUA